UAGCUUCCCCCUUUUAACAUCCCAAUCCAUCUCUCUCGUAAUCCUACUCAAAACACAAUGGCCUCCUCUAAGACCAACACAACACUAGCGCUAUUUCUUUUUCUCCUCUUCUCCACCAUGACCACCCAUGCAUGGAGUCCUUACACACCCAGUGUCCCUUCUGGAGGCGGUGGGGGUUCUUCGUCUAGGGGUACUUGUCCAAUAGAUACCCUAAAAUUAGGUGUAUGUGCCAACUUACUUGGCAACCUUCUUCAUCUCCAAAUAGGUACCCCUCCAGUUCAGCCAUGUUGCUCCUUGAUUCAAGGUCUUGUGGACCUUGAAGCUGCUGUUUGUCUUUGUACUGUAAUUAGAGCUAAUGUAUUGGACCUUAUCAAUCUUAAUUUGCCUGUUAAUUUAAGCUUGCUUCUCAACGUAUGUGGGAGGCAAGUUCCAAGAGGCUUCGUGUGUCCUUAAUUAAGGUAUACAUGGUUAGCUAAUUAAUACACUAUUUAAUCUACAAAUGGUGUGUCGAUGAGUUUAAAGUGUGUGUGGUUCAAUUUAUCAUUAGUAUAAUGCAAGUUUGGAUUUGUUGUAAGGUGGUUGGUUGGAGUAUGGUUUGAUAAUGGUGCGUUACGUUACUUUUGGAUGCAAAGAGAGUGCACGUUCAACUAUGAGGGUAACCGAAUUGUUUCUUCGUACACAAUCUUGAGAAUAAAAUCAGAAGAGAUGUAAUCUGUAGAAUUAAAGCUCAUAGUGUUACUAAGAUAAAUAGUAAAGAUAGUGUAUGGUGGGAAAGCCUAUGUAGUAGUGUGUAAUGGAUGUAACUAUUUAUUUCUAGCCUCCUUGUGAAGAAGAGUCCAACCUAGUUGGUUUGUUCUGAGCUUGGAGGUUGUAGUGUGUAUUUGCAUUGAUGAGCUUAUAUAUUUCUCUUCUUACUGGUUCAAAAAAAAAAUAAAAAAAAAUAAAAAAAUCUUGAGAAUAAAAUGGAAAGGAAAUUUGAAAAUCACA